UGGAGCCGCUCCUCUCAGCUCAGCUCAGCUCAGCACAGCUCACACACACAGACACACACACACACAGAGCGGGGCAGCCACCACGGUCGGGCUCGGUUGGAGUCUGAUCGCUGGGAAUAUGGCCGGGAAGCCGCACUGGGGCUCGCGGGAGGCAAUAGCUCUUACUCUCGGGCUCCUCACCAUGCUGAGCCGAGCAGAGCAGGACAACUUCAGCGCAGAGUCCUGGCUGCAGAUGUACGGAUACAUCCCUCAAGGUAGUUUGCGAAUGUCCACGAUGCGAUCGGCUCAGACUCUCUCUGAUGCCAUUGCCACCAUGCAGAGGUUCUACGGCAUUGAAGUCACAGGCUCACUCGAUGAAAACACCAAAGCGUGGAUGAGGAAACCCCGCUGUGGUGUUCCCGAUAAGUUUGGUACCGAGAUCAAAAUGAAUCUCCGUCGGAAGCGGUUUGCCCUCACAGGUCAGAGGUGGAAUCGCAAUCAUCUCACAUACAGCAUCCAGAACUACACCCCCAAAGUGGGAGGCGAGUACAUGUCACACCAAGCCAUCCGCCAGGCCUUUGCAGUCUGGCAGCAGGCGACACCCCUGACCUUCGAGGAGAUUUCCUAUUACGAUAUUCGAUAUGACCGCAGAAAGGAAGCUGACAUCAUGAUCUUCUUCGCCUCACGUUUCCACGGAGACAGCUCCCCAUUUGAUGGUGAAGGCGGUUUUCUGGCUCACGCCUACUUCCCCGGCCCGGGGAUGGGAGGAGACACGCAUUUUGAUGCAGACGAGCCCUGGACCCUCAGAAACCAAAACCUUCUGGGGAAUGACCUGUUCCUGGUGGCUGUGCAUGAACUCGGCCAUGCUCUGGGCUUGGAACAUUCCAACAAUCCCGCUGCCAUCAUGGCUCCUUUCUACCAGUGGAUGGACACAGAAAAUUUUCUGCUUCCCGAAGAUGAUCUGAGGGGGAUUCAGCGGAUUUAUGGUCCACCAAACAGUAUACCUGAACCCACCAAACCACUGCCAACGGUGCCGCCACGAAUGCCACCAAAGAUGCCACCAAAGAAACCAGAACAGCGACCUCCCAAAACUCCCACCAAGGAAAAGCCUGAAAUCCCAGACAUCCCCAAGGACAAGGAUCCAAUGAAUCCCAAGGCUACAGAUGGGCCCAUUCAAUACGGCCCUAACAUCUGUGAUGGGAAUUUCGAUUGUGUGGCGAUGUUACGGGGAGAAAUGUUUGUUUUUAAGGGGCGCUGGUUCUGGAGAGUUCGAAAUAACCGAGUCCUGGACAACUACCCAAUGCCUAUCGGCCAUUUCUGGAGGGGGCUGCCGUCUAACAUUGACGCAGCAUACGAGCGGCACGAUGGGAAGUUUGUCUUUUUUAAAGGUGAUAAAUUCUGGUUGUUUCACGAAGCGAUGUUGGAGCCAGGCUAUCCUCGGUACCUGGCGGACCUUGGUAGAGGCGUGCCUUAUGAUAAAAUUGACUCAGCCAUCUGGUGGGAGCUCACUGGCCUCACAUACUUCUUCCAAGGAGACAGGUACUGGCGCUUCAAUGAGGAAAGGAGAUCAGUAGAUGCUGGCUAUCCAAAGUCUAUCAAUGUUUGGCAAGGCGUUCCAUCCUCACCAAAGGGAGCUUUUCUUACUGAUGAUGCAGCCUACACACAGUUUUACAAGGGCACGAAAUACUGGAAGUUUAACAACCAGCUGCUGAAAAUCGAGCCAGGCUACCCCAAAUCCAUCCUUCGUGACUGGAUGGGAUGCAAAGUCGAUGUGGAGCCUGACUUUAAUGGGGAGAAACCGAAGGUGGAUGAUGGUGAGGUUGACAGCAAUGAUGAAGAUAAUGCUAAUGGUAAUGGAGAUGAUAAUGAUAAUAAUGAUGCUGGUCGUGAUGAUGGUAGUGAUGAUGAUGAUGAUCACAAUGAUAAAGGUGGAACGAAAGAAGAGCAGGACAAAGAUGUGGAUAUCCACAUCAACAUCCCAGUAGAUGACUAUACUCGAGCAAUGAAUAUCAUAAUGGUCGUGGUCCCGUUAAUUCUCCUGCUUUGUAUUCUGGGAUUGAUCUACGCUAUCCUCCAAAUGCAGAGGAAAGGAACACCCCAGCUACUGUUGUACUGUAAACGCUCCAUGCAGGAAUGGGUUUGACCUGCGUGUGUGUCGGUGCUAUAACGAUGUGGCUUGUAUUAGGUCACGGAUAUUGAGUCCCGAGCGAUUCCGCUUCUCGAUUUAGUUUUGUUUUGUGUGGUUCUCAUUGGUGUUGAGCAGCACCACAGCCAUGAGCAAUGGAGAGAAUUGGGGGGUAUUUUGUCUUUGGUCUCAAAGGAAGUUUGUAACACGGGCUGUGAAAUGACUCCAAGGAAUGCUUUGGUCCUACCUUUCCCUCUCCGAAUGAACUGCUCUUGCCCCUAUUGACUAGGUUGGCAUAGAGUGAAGAUGGGCCUUGGCUGGUAAACCUUCAAAGAAGUUUCAUUAGCUGAAGCUGGUGGACUACAUUGUGCAAACCUCUUGAAAUUAUUGGUGUUGUUUGAUUGCUUCGUCCCCUGGGAUAAAUUCACCUAGCCAUAAAUACUUUCUACCAAACCACAAUGCCUUCACGUCCACUGAAAAACUGUUUUGACUCCAAAUCUAAAGAUUGUUCGGUCUGUCUGUCAGCUGGGUUUGUAACCAACGUUUAAUGGAGUCACUACAACUGCCUGAAGCCCACACACAGGAUUUGAACACUCAAAAGCGGAUGGCCCUGAAAAAUAACCUUGAAACUCCUCACCUUAGAAUCACUACACUUCUAUCAAUCAGCAGAGAACUUCAAUAAAAUGGAUUCACCACUGGGAAGUGACCACUAUUCAUUCUACUGUAUCACUGAAAAAAUACAUCACCAUCAGCAACUCUGGGAGAACACUACCGAACACUGGAAGAUAAUCACUAUAUCUCACGUUAACUCUUCUUUCCCUAUCAAACUGGGGCAAUCGUCGGAGGGGGGGGGGGGGUCUAUGGAAGGCAGCGCCUCUCCUGGUCAUAAAAGGGCCAGGGGGAUAGGCUCUCCACUUGUAUCGUCCAUAUUUGGUUAAGUUCAAUGAUAUUUUGACAUGCAAAAUAAACCAUUUUUUUUUCAGUGCA